CUCACCCACACCAAUCUCUCUCUCUCUCUCUCUCUCUCUCUCCACUAUAAAUGUGUAUAUCUGUUUCUAUACAUAAUCUUUGAUUCCAUUGAUUCGGGUCUGGGGGCCGGGUUCCUCGUGCUCUGGUUUUCCGAUGUAUUGCCGGCGAGUAAACUUAUAUCGCCAGAGAGAGAUGAGAUUUGGAUGUUGAUUUGCUAAAAGUUUUGGAGGAUUUUGAUUUUGGUUGUUUGGCGGGUGAGAAAGUGAGAGAAAAUGGCGGAGGAGGAUGGGGGUUGGAGGAAGAAGAAGUUGGGGAUUUUGUUGAGCUUGGUUGUGAUGAUGUUUUCAGCAACGAUAAACGAAGCGACGGCGUUUCGAAGGGAGCACAAUAACGCAUACGCGACGAUGAUGUAUAUGGGGACACCCAGAGACUACGAAUUCUACAUCGCGACACGUGUCAUGCUUAGAUCUCUCCGUAGACUCGGCGUCGAUGCCGAUCUCGUCGUCAUUGCCUCCAUCGAUGUUCCUCCCCGUUGGGUCCAAGCUCUGGAACAGGAAGAUGGGGCGAAGGUGAUGAGUGUAGAGAAUCUGAACAAUCCAUACAAGAAUCAACGCAAUUUUGACAGGAGAUUCAAGUUAACAUUGAACAAACUCUAUGCGUGGAAACUAGUGGACUAUGACAGGGUGGUUAUGCUUGAUUCUGACAACCUCUUCCUCCAAAAAACAGACGAGUUGUUCCAAUGUGGUCAGUUUUGUGCAGUUUUUAUCAACCCCUGCAUCUUCCAUACUGGCCUCUUUGUAUUAGAGCCAUCAAUGAAGGUGUUCAAUGACAUGCUUCAUGAGUUGGACAUUGGGAGAAAUAACCCAGAUGGCGCAGACCAGGGUUUUAUUGGAAGUUACUUUCCAGACUUGCUUGACCAGCCAAUGUUCCACCCACCACUUAACGGUACCAAGCUUGUUGGAACAUACAGACUUCCUUUGGGAUAUCAAAUGGAUGCCUCCUACUAUUAUCUUAGACUCCGGUGGAGUGUACCUUGUGGGCCUAACAGUGUGAUUACUUUCCCUGGCGCACCGUGGUUGAAACCAUGGUAUUGGUGGUCAUGGCCAGUACUGCCACUGGGUCUCCAAUGGCAUGAACAACGUCGUCAAACACUUGGGUAUAGGGCAGAGAUGCUGAUUGUGUUGAUCCAGUCAAUAUUUUACAUUGGAAUAAUGGCAGUGACACGUCUAGCACGGCCUAGUCUAUCUAAGCUAUGCUACCGCCGCGCAGACAAGAGCAUCUCAUUAAUACAAAACGGCCUCAAGUUGGUAGCUAUGUGGUCCAUUCUUGCUGCCUAUAUAAUCCCUUUCUUCCUUAUUCCUCGCACAGUCCAUCCUCUACUUGGUUGGAGCCUCUACUUGCUCGGUUCUCUUGCACUUUCUUCCGUAGCGGUCAACGCCUUUCUUCUCCCGAUGCUGCCUGUGUUAAUACCAUGGCUCGGGAUCUUUGGGGUACUUUUGGUCAUGGCAUACCCUUGGUACCCAGAUGGUGUUGUGAGAGCCCUAUCCGUGUUUGGGUAUGCCUUUUGUUAUGCACCAUUAGCAUGGCUUUCAUUGGUUAAGAUUAUGUCGUGCCUUCAAGUUUCACUUGAGAGGGAAGCUUUCUUGCCUAGGUUGGGUGAAUCUACGCCAUCUCCUGGGUUCAACAAGUUGUACUAGGACACAUACCAGUUUGUCAUGGUUCAAUUCUCUGCGAAGGGAUUUUCUUUGAGCAACUUGAAGUUCUUAAAGCUGGUUAUUUUCGUUGGGGAAAGAAAAUGAGAAGAAAUCAAUUUUUUGUUGUGGGUUGCCCCCUACUGCCUGUUUCCGGGCUAGUUAUAUAUACACAUACAUUCUUUGGACAGAGCUAGAGAGGGCACUCCUAUCAGUCUUACCAUAGUUAAUUUGACUAUGCAAUGGUAUGAGAGAUACUUUCCAUGUAGAAACUGCUGUAAUUUUAGAUUUUUAAUGUAAUGGUGUUUCUUGGCUUGAGUUUGUUGUGAAUCCAUGAUUGUAAUUGGACCAAGUUGUAUUAGUGACUCUGAUUGUAAUUGUAGUAUUUUGGGUUCAAAAGCAUUUAGAAUUA